CGAGUUUACUAUAAAAGGGACGCGUUUCAACAUCUCAACAUUGCGAUUUAGUUCUGAACAGAGAAGAAAACAUUUCAGUUAACUCUCAAGGAAACAAAUUCGAAAAGAAAAUGCCUGUCAAACCUGGUGUUGCGUCAAAAGGUGGCAAGAAGGCCGGAAAGAAAGCCGGAGUUGGUGGCGACAAGAAGCGACGAAGCAAACGUAAAGAAAGCUAUGCUAUCUACAUCUACAAAGUUCUGAAGCAAGUCCACCCCGAUACUGGUAUCUCCAGCAAGGCUAUGGGCAUCAUGAACUCGUUCGUGAACGAUAUCUUCGAACGAAUUGCCGGUGAAGCUUCUCGUUUGGCUCACUACAACAAGAAAUCGACCAUCUCGUCUCGGGAAAUCCAGACCGCUGUUCGCCUACUCUUGCCCGGAGAAUUGGCCAAGCACGCUGUGAGCGAAGGAACAAAAGCCGUGACCAAGUACACAAGCAGCAAGUGAAAAGGUUUCUUAACCUUCAUAUAAAAAACCGGCUCUUUUAAGAGCCAACAAAUGUAUAAAAGAAACGAAACGAAUUCUCGAUAACUUGUCCACUCUAGUCGCAAAUAUGCCAGAACCUAAUAUUUUAUUUGUUGAUAUUUUAUCUGUUGAUACUUCGAAGUGCGCGAAACUUGAAAGGAAUAAUUCGCGUCUUCGGUCAUACAAAUAUACAAUAUAGAAAGAGAGAAGUUGUAAACGUUGAGUAUAGAUUAACAGCGAGGAGUAAAACAUAUUUUAAAAUGAUCCGCCUUGGUAGUUUUGGACGCGCUAUUAAAUCACGAGGCAUAUAAUUUAUGCAUCUAUUUCAAAACAUAAAUAUCUGACCGGAUAGAAUUACAAAAACCUUCACUUUCAAAAGCAGUACUCAAAACACAAUUUGGGGUAGGUGAUAAAUAAAUACCUUUUUACUUUCUGUAACAAUAUUUUAUAAAGGUUUUGAAAAUGAGAUGCUAUACACUAGUGUUAGGAGUUUCGCGCCAAAACAAAACUGAUAAUAGUAACGUACCUGUUUAGCAAUUCCAACAACCGCUGAGCCAGGCCACAGUACACGGGCAAAAUUCAUGAUAUACCAAUAGUGUUCUUCUAAAACGGAUAGAAAAUUUGGUAUCACAUAAAUUGAUUAGGAGCCCUUGGUUAUUUAUCCAUCUAACAUGAUCUGGUUAAAUUAACCAAGCAAUCCAUAUGGUCGUAACUGUCGCGACCAAAUGGAAACAUGAAGAAAAGUCUUGUCACGGGCAGCAGUUCAAGACAGUGACAUCAGUAUCGUCGAGAUAGAACUCCAUAUGCUAUCUCGAAGAACAGGCGCGACAGUUACGAUAUGGAAACCAGGCUUUAAAUAGGUAUAUUUCUAGGUGAAGAAAGCUUCGAAUUGACAGGGUUGCAACUACCUGAAGAAUACAAGGAGAACUUCUUGUAUUUUGCAUCGAUCUCGAGCUUUCUUAUAUUGGCACUGUCUACCCUUGACGCAAGACAGUUCAAAAUUAUUUCUAGGUCAACGAGGAAUUUUAACCAGGGGCCAGUUGUUCAAAGGUGGGUUAGCGCUAACCCUGGUUUAAAAUUUAACUUGCUGUUUUCAUUUUGUGUGUUUUCUGCACGUCUGUUUAUUUCAAAACUUCAGAGAAGUGAAUUCCAAUCGAUCGAAACAAGAUCUCUGAAGAGAUGUUUCCAAAUUUAUAGACAAGCUGUCAGGAAGUUUGCUUUGAAUUUUAGGUUAACCUAUAGGGUUUAGCCUACCACCUAUUUUUUUUUGCAAAAAGGCUGCAUGUUUACCUGAAAGACUUCGUUAACUUCCAACACAUUCAAUCACCUCAUCGAUUCCAACAUGGACACCGACAGACUCAUAACCAUGACAAACACAGUAAUGAAAAUCUUCAAGGGAAAUUUUAUAUGGGAAAAACUAUAUGCUCUCCACAUGUAAUUCAUAUAUAAAAAUUAAAAAGCAAUUCAACUUUUCACUUGGCAGAUUGGAAAGAAGAGAGAAUUGGAAAGAAUCAACUGUACAAAAACCAGUAGAACUUUGAUUUUGAACUAUUUUACCCAGCAUUUGAUUAACUCGAAAACCACUAUUUUAUCCUUGCUACUUUAGUUUAAUUUAACAAAUUUCAGGCAAACCUUACUGUCCCAAAUUAAGACAUACUAAUUAUAUCUAUUUCUUUAUAGUGCUGCAUGUAUAUAUAUUAAAAUUACUAAACUUUGAGACACAGAGUGUAAUGUUUUUCAGUACUGUAUUAUGGAUACUGAUUGCUAAGUCAGUCUGAGUUUGUUCGCCUCUUCAGGCUCAGACUUGCCAUUCGGUGCUUUAAUUAAUUCAAAAUUUUAUACACUUGUUUUACACGACAUAUGUCGGGUACAAUAUAGGGUUGCCUCUUGCGAUUUUAAAAUGAUAUAAUACACUAUGAUUAAUUUAAUCUAUUUAUAAACGGUUAAAUUAUUUCACUUAGUUAGAAAUUAGGAUUGUAUAUACGAUUUAAUAAGAGUACACACAUUAUCUCACCACUUGUCAACAAGAUGUGUUCGCAACAGGCUUGUAGCAAGCUUGUCAACAAGUUGUAACAAUGCUGUUAUUUCAUCAAGUUGCUACAAGGUUGUCACUCACAACUUGUUGACAAAUUGUUGGAUUGCAAGACGAUAACAAGUUGUUGGAACAACUUGUAACAAGUCUGCUGAGCUUAACAACCUUGUAGCAAGUUGUCAACAAGCUGGGAACAAGCAGUGCGAACAUAUCCUGUUGACAAAUUGUUGGGACAGCAUUGCUACAACUCCGUUGUAGAUUUGCUACAACUUGUGCCGUUUUACGUGUGUAGUUUAAUGUUAAGAAUUCACUGCAUGUAUUUAAAUCGUGGUUGUUAACAUUGCAAAUGAUCAAACUUAUUGCUUAUGGAUCCAGUUCCUUCGGGGGUACGGUGGGGGAGGCGAUUACCCCGCGCCCCUUUCCUGGCCAUCGUAGGCUUCACCACUGAUUAUUAUUCUAACUACUUUAUAAAAAUUUAAGUUCAUUGUUUGUUUACAUUCCCACGAAUACAAUUGUUUUGUUUAUGUGAAAAACUGUAUAUUGACAGAUUUAGAAAAACUUGGGCAAUUGGGAAGCUCGGAUCUACAUACAUCAGUGCAAAUAUAUUUUAUAUACUUUUUUUCGGACACCUCGCUUAUACGGAUACCUAAUGCCCUAAACGGGGCAUAUUUUUCCUCUGUUCUGUCAAUGAAAGUCCAAUUGUAAUAAUAAACAAGGAGAGACUUGCCGAAUAAAAAAACAGGUAGUUUUCACAAAAACAAAACAAUUAUAAAAAUUUAGUUUCUCGUGUAUGUCAUAUCGUCGUCCAUAUUAUCCGAAUCUUCCGACAACUCGUUUUCUUCCUCCUCGUCGUAAACUAUCGACCUGUGGUCGUGACGGCCCGACAUGCCACGAACAUUGCGCGAUGAUGACGUCGUCAUUCGACUUGACAUUUGAACCUGAGGAUUAGAUAUAAACUAUUUUAAAUUUUUAAAUUUAAUUUUUCUCUUUAAGCUAUUUUAGUUCUUUCACCGAUUUACAAUCUAGAUUUAAUUUCACAUUCAAAAUUUAAACUUAUGGUUUAGUUCUCAAUAUACACUUUAAGUAGUUUCAUGGUUUGAUAUAAACUAUUUUAAAUUGCAGACUUAAUAUUCAUCCAGUCCUAGGACUUGAUCAAACUUCAUUCAGUCCUAGGACUUGAUCAACACUUUAUCCAGUCCUAGGACUAAAACUUCACCCAGUCCUAGGACUUGAACAAAACUUCAUCCAGUCCUAGGACUUGAACAAAACUUCACCCAGUCCUAGGACUUGAACAAAA